AUGGUGGGUGAAAGUUGGAAUAUCGAAAAAGAAGAAGAAGUUGCUGCUAAAAUCUUAAAAAGAGCAGAAAUGGCCAAAGUUGCACGCCAAUUAAAGAUUAGAUUGAGUAAAUUAGAUACAUCUACUCGAACAUCAAAGACUUCUUUUCAACUUCCUUCCAUUGAACUCAACAAUAAGCCGCUUUCUAGCCCAAUGAAAAAUGCUAUAAAUGAAGACGCUUUAGAAUCGGGAGACGCUAGGAGUGCCCUAUUAAAUUCCCCCCUGAAAAGAAAAUUUGGAAAUGAUACAUCCUUUGACAGCUCACCAAUCAAAGUCAGAAUACUAAGCAGUUCUCCAUGCAAACCACAGCAAUAUAAUAGUUCACCUUUAAAAGAAUCAUCAACUCCGUUUACAGGAAGAGAGCUAAGUGUUCAAUUAUUGGCCCCACCAUCCUCUGCUACAAACCUAGAUACAAACAUAACAGAACAUACCAUUAGUAAUGAACAAGUACAAUGUAAUAUAAAGAAACAAAUUAAAACACAACAUCAAGAACAAUUGCAUCAACAGUCCCUGCAGAAACUGGCUAAAGACUGUUCUCCCACUUAUGAUACAGAACCAUCUCAACACGUAUCUAUACAAUCUUCGCAGCUACAUAUCCCAAUACCAAUCCCAGGCACCCCUCCAGGAAAUAAUCGGUCGGCUAAGCAUAUCGAUUUUCAAUUUGAAACACCCAAAUUUCAAAGUAAACUUGGUGCCGACUUAUUAAUGUAUUUAUCAGCGAGUCCAUAUAGUGCACUUCGACCUAGUCAAGGCAUUGCAAAUAAUGGAAACAUCGAAUCUUGCAAUAAAGAAACUACAGAACAUCCUCUAGAUAAUAAGGAGACUUCGUUAGAUCUAGCUCAAUUAUUGAAAACACCUAACUUUAAUGUAGGGGAUUUUGUCCAUAGCUUAUUUAGUCCUUCUCCUAGUAUGGGACUUUAA